ACCACUCGACACAAAAGAUAAAAAAAGGCGAAGACGAAAGUGCAAAACGCUCUCGAACUGAACCGCUAUCAACUGUCAGCAACCGCUACAGAAAUCCAAUGGCCUAAAUCAUUCUUAAUGAAACGUGUCACAAACCCAAUACACUUGAUAAACUGCACUUUCCAUAAACGUCAUCACUUCAAUUCCUCAAGAAGAGAGACCCAGUGGUAAACUAGUGCUCCUUUGAAUUUCCUCAAUCAUGGCGGCCAAAUUUCACUUCAUUUUAAUUUCAACCCUCACAUUACUCUUAGCUUCUGCUGCAGAUGAAGCAACAGUACCAAUGUUUGCAUUCAGUUGGUUGGAUGACAAGGAUACAUUCAAAGCUGGGGAAACUGCUACAAUCAAAAUCAAAGUUCUGGGAAAUUUUGAUAGUAAAGGAAACGCUUCACUUGAUAGAACUGCUUUUAAGCCUUUAAUUACAGUGAAUGGGAAGACAGGGAAUAGUUCUUAUAUAUCUGGUGUUUUUCUAGACAUUGAUGGUGAUCCUAGUACUUGGCAAAUUGUUUUUAUCCCAAUUCUUGCUGGCAUAUUUAAUGUGAUCCUCAAUGAUGACCCUUUCAAAGUCAUGGAUUCAUCUCUCCAUUUCACUGUUGAAUCAGGGCCAAUAUACCCUUCCGCUAGUGUUGCUUCAUGGUUAGGGUUCUUGAAUGAAUUUGAAGCUGGUUCAAAGGCUCCAGUUUUGAUUCUUCCUAAAGAUGCAUUUGGCAAUAAUGUAACUUCAAUUGAUGAAGAACUGAGUUCUUAUAACAUCUCAGUGACUGCUCUCCAUGAAAAUGGUUCCAUUGCAUGUUUGCUGAACAUUACAUCCACGGCCUGGAAUGAAUUUGGUUAUAUCAUAGUGGAGUUUAUAGCCGUUAAAGCAGGAAAGUUCUUAUUGAACAUCCAAGGGGCAAACCAGACCUUGAAUGGCUCUCCAUUACCAUUCAAGGUAAAUCCAGGACCUUUAGAUGUCUCCAAUUGUAUAGCCAAGUGGAAAUUUGAAUUCAAUGCAUGGCAAAUCUUUUCCAAGAUGGAAAUACUUAUCUACCAACAAGAUCAAUAUGGGAACCUUGUUCCAGGCUUGUCCGAAUUCGACGCUGAUGUUAUCGAGAGCGAUACGAAUUUGUCUAUACCUGUAAGGGAUUUGCAGUUCGAAGAAGUAGAACCAGGGGUUCAGCUGUUUUCUUUCAGCAUGUCUAAAGCAGGGAACUUCUUGCUCACCAUUUCUGAUAUGAAGCACAACAAAAACAUUUCCUAUAUGCCAUAUGCAUAUACCGUCUUUGUAGGUUAUUGCGAUGGAUUCAAGAGUAUCAUCAAUGGGACUGGUUUAAAUACUUCUGUUGCUGGGGAACAAGCAGAGUUUUCGGUUUAUUUACGUGAUGCCUUCGAAUAUCCCUCCCCAGUGGAAGUAGAAAGACUUCGAGUAGAAAUCAGAAGUGAAACCUAUUCCAUAUCGGUAUCACCUACUAUAUAUCCUACACAGAUCAGUAAUGGUAUGCAUGUUCAAACAAAAUUUACCUACAUUUUGCGUCCUCCUGGAAGCUUGAAUGUUUGGGCAACUGCAUUCAAUGUCAUGUAUACUCCUCAGAAGAGAGGGAUCUAUAAAAUUCAUAUAUUCUGCGGAAAUAUAAUCCUAAAUGGCGGCAGUCCAUUCACAAAGGAAGUAAAACCAGGUGAGGUUAAUAUAUCAGUCUCAGGAGUAGUGAAAUUUUCUCCCAAGGCACCAAAGCUGGUUAGAAAUGAAAUAGUAGUACGGCUGCUGGAUUCAUUUUCCAACCUUGUCAUGUCCGAAAAUUCGAAGCUAAGUCUAGUGCUUACUUCGGUUAAUAAGCCAGGUUUCUCAAACUGGAUGUUUGUGGAUAACAAUGAUGGUUCAUACAUAGGUCACUAUCUUGCCAUGGAAGUAGGAACUUACGAGAUGUGUGUAUUGUUCGAAGGAAAGCAUUUCUCGCCCUGCCCUUUCACUGUCAACGUGUACGGAAGUGAAUAUUUUCCUAAAGCAUAUGAUGAUAAAAUCUCACUUUGGGAGGAUGAAUCAAUUUUGUUCGAUGUAUUGGAAAAUGAUUACUUUGCCGGUGCCAACGCAAGUGUUGUCGAAUUCUCGAAACCAAUUCAUGGUUCACUUCUACAAUAUGGAAGGCUAUUCAGAUAUACACCAUAUAAAGACUAUUUUGGGAAUGAUUCUUUCCGAUAUACAAUAUUGGACAUUAAUGGUGACCUUGCUACUGCUACUGUCAAAAUAUCUGUACUCACCAUUCCACCACAGUUUGUUUCUUUUCCAAGUCAAUUGCAGGCAAUUGAAGAUCUAAUAAGUCCGAGAUUCGGUGGUUACAAUGGAUUUGAACUGAAAUAUUCAGAUCCAAUGGAGAAUAUCUCUGUCAUUCUCAGUGCUAAGCAUGGAACAAUAUUUCUAUCACCUAUGUCAAUGCAGUUUUGGCAGCCAAUAUGGAGUGAAUUUUGUGUGACUAAAGGUGACGAGAAAGGUACCAAUUUGAGCAUUGAAGGACGUUUAGAAGUAAUCAAUUUCGCCCUUCAAUCGAUUCAAUAUCUUGGGAACGGGAACUUUUCUGGAAACGAUACCCUUCGAGUUUCGGCCAGGAAUAGAAAUGGAGUCAAUGACUUGGAUGUACAAGUUGUAGUGGAUCCCAUUAAUGAUCCUCCAUAUGUUAAUGUUCCUGAAUUCAUCGUGUUGAAUAACACUCGGGGUGAAUCUUUGUUGUUCGACACAGAAACAGACCAGUUUCAGUUCUCCAUUGGUGAUCCAGAUAUUCUUAACUUCCCUGGGGAUGAGCCCGGCUUUGACUUGGCGCUUUCAAUGGAAGUGAGUGAUGGGUUUUUGCUAGCAACGCUACCAGCUGCCCUUAUGAGUUCAACCGAACUGAAGCUGAAGUACAGUUAUCAAUGGCAACCGCUUCAAACAUAUGUUACCAUAUCAAAACAGUUCAUGGUCAAAGCCAUGGGAAUAAGAUUCCGAGCAUCGCUCAACGAUUGCAGUACUGUCAUGCAACAAUUAUCCUACCAUGGUGGCGGACAUGGCAGUGCGGUUUUAACAGUGAAAUUAAGCGAUUUAGGCCACCAUGGAUGUUAUUCAGAUUGUGUUGAUAGGGUAACAAAGGCUUUGGUCGCUGAGGCUACUGUAAAUCUGAUCAGAAGGAAACCAAUGAGCUCAUUGGCAGUUCAUGCUCUUGAAACAGUCAUAGUGAUUGAAUUUCUUUUGCUACUUUCACUUGGAUUCAUGAUUGUGUUCUUCACAUGCAAAUGUGCAAUUCUGCUUGUGAAAGAGAAAAGGAGAGAAAAUCCCUUUAAUUCUGAGCUAUCAAGACAUCAAAAUAUCCAGACAGAACCUGUAAGUAAAACAAGCAUGCCAUUUCAACAAUCUAGAGAUAUCUUGUAAUAAUUCAAAAGUUUUGGUCCUACAUAUUUAUGUAAUGAUUGAUGAAUUUGCAACAAAGGAUGAUGGGAUUCAGCUCCGAGGGUGUUGCACAAGCCCCUUUAAAUGCAUUAAUUAGUUAAUUAAAUUUGAAAAUUUUAAUUGAUUAAAUUGAAAAUAAAGUGAUG